AUGCGGCCAGAGAUGUUAAAGGAGGUUCCAGAAAAUCUCGGAACCCAAACGAAACCGACGGUAAUAGAUUGGGAUGGUGAUGGUUACCUUGACCUCAUCGUGACUGGCCGUUUGCAUGGAGAUAUCAACCACUUCAAUUAUUACACUCUUGGUGCUUGCUAUCCACAAUCCCAGCCCUACUGCAAACUCGGCUCUUGCAACCACAAGACGGCACAGUGCGAAUGCUACUCGGGAGUUGAAGGUUCUGAGUGCUCGCGCUGCUCCCAAUUUCAUUUCAAAGAUUUGGAGACAUGCAAGGCAUGCCCAGGGUAUAACACUUUGGAGGGUACAUGCAGCAGGCGAGGGGUUUGUGAGGAUGAUGCUGAUGCUCGGAGCAGUUCCCAAGAGUCCAACAAGUCCAAGUACCAGGUCUUGACUUCCUUCGGCUCAGGGCAGUGCAAGUGCUUGGCACCUUUCCAUGGGGAUGGGUGUCAUGAAGGGGAGUGUCCUUCUGGGCAAUUCCUCCAAGCCAAUGCAGAGGUUCCCAACAUCAGUGAUUGGUAUAGAAAUUGGGAUGCUUGUAUGCCUUGUGAGAGUGGCCGCUACAAGAUCUUUGUCGGGAAUGCUCCUUGUGAGCUAUGUGAGGCUGGGCGAUACCAGCAGUUCAUGGGCCAGACGGACUGCCUGGCUUGCCCUGCUGGCCGUUCAAGUCAGCCUGGUGCAGCGGAGUGCUAUGUUUGCCCCUAUGCUGGGACCCACUCGAGCCCCGGCAGUGCCACCUGUGAUCCAUGCCCAGAUGGCUUUGUCGCUUCCGAGAAUCACUCCACCUGCGUGAGGUGUGGGCAUGGGAGCCGCCCAAAUACCAACCGUACAGAGUGUAUCCGCUGUGAUGAGGGCUACAUCGCAGUAGCUGGCAGUGUCAGCUGCGUGCCCUGCGCUGCGGGCAGCGCGCCGAAUGACGAGAGGAGCUCGUGCAGUGCCUGCGAGUCGGGCAUGUUUGCAGCUGAGAGGUCUGAGCGGUGCCUGCCAUGUCCCGAGGGCUCGGUGCCAGAUGCCACGGGUGGCGAGUGCAAAGCAUGCCCGGGUCAGUUGUAUGCCAUGCCGGGAGACGAUGAAUGCCGUGAAUGCACGUUCCCCUUCAUGGUGCUGGGGGAGGACAAUCAAUGUACGAUUCUCUACUUUGUCCUUUUCCUUCUUGGCUUUUGCUUGCUCAUCAUCUUCAGCUACAUCAUCGCUGGAUGGGUGCGGGUUUGGUAUCUCAAGAAACACCUCAAAGACCUUGAAGCGAUGCACGAGUAUGAGGAACUGCACACUGUCAAGGCCUCCUACGCGAAGUACGGCAUGUGGCAACACAAGGCUAAUCGACUGAUCGGUGAGCGCAAGCAGAAAGUCAGCGAAGAGUCCAAACGUCUCGGAGUCUCCAUAUCCUUUGCGCUGGAUGAGCUGGAAAGUUUGUACGCGCAGAAGGCGCAGGACACGGAGUGGCGGUUCCAUGAGAUCGGCGCAGUCACGGAGUGCGGCUUCCGAGUCAAGGUCCGUUGCUGCGACCUGGAGACAGGAGCCUGCAAUUGGGGAAGCCUCAAUGUCGUUCCGCCUCCAGAAAACCCCAACUUUCACGAGAUGGCAGGACUCCUAGCGUAUGGUCCAGAUGCGCUUGGAAAAGGAAAGAUUUGUCCUCGAGAUGGCAAGCCAGACUGCAGCCUUGUUGAUGCACUACGCAAGGACGGGAAGAGUGGACCAGCAAAUUGGUUCAUGUCGUGGGCUUGGGGCUAUUCCCUGAAGAACGUAUGCGGAGCGCUACGCAAAUGGUGGACCACACAUGCUGUGGUCGCGGGGAGCAGUCCCGACUCGACCUGUGUCUGGUGGUGUUUCUUCGUGAACAACCAGUUCAGGUUGCUGCAAGAUGGCGAGACGGCAGAAACUCAAGAGCUCCUGGCAGUGUUUGCCAAGCCUUUGGAAAGUGCAGGCAAAGUGCUGAUGUGCAUGGACAAGUUCAAAGAGUGCUCUUACACUAGUCGAAUCUGGUGUAUUUUCGAGGUCUUCUCUGCCGUCCGCCGGAGCAUUCCAAUCACUUUGAUCAUGCCGGAGCUCAACAUCGAUAAGUCCGAAAUGCCCAUCGUGACACUGAAGGAAUUGAAAGCGGCCUGCAGCAUCGAUGCUGCACAAGCUCAAGCCUCCGUGAAGGCCGAUGAGGACAUCAUCAAGGCACACAUUUUGGCAACAAUGGGAUCCUUCACCUAUGUGAACCAGACCGUGGAAGAGGCCUUGUGGAUCGAGGUGAUCAAGGUUUUAGAGGAAAGCACUGCUAGCACCGCAAGCGGCGCAAGCGGCGCGACCGCGGACUCCUCCACUGACCUCACCAGGUCUGGCGAGUAUACAUCUUCCUCAACAGAAGGAAUCCAGAUCCAGACCAGGAACCUGAACCCAGCAGGAUGCUGCCUGCAGUGA